AUGGCGACCGCUCUUCAGAUGCGCCGUCCAUCACUUGCUGCGACCCCAGUUUGGAGAACGCGCUCAUACCACCCUUACCCCUUCGCGGAGGCCGACGACGACACUGGGGAAGCGAAGCAAUCCCAGAAUUACAUCCACAUUCGUAUCCAGCAGCGCAAUGGUCGUAAGACUUUGACCACGGUCCAAGGCCUUCCUAAGAAAUUCGACCAAAAGAAGAUCCUCAAGGUCAUCAAGAAGAAAUUCGCUUGCAAUGGCACAAUCGUCACGGACAGCGAGAUGGGCGAGGUGAUUCAGCUUCAGGGUGAUCAACGCAAAGAUGUUCAAGAAUUCCUGGUCGCCAAGGACGGCCUCGAACUCGACGCAAAGACUAUCAAGGUCCAUGGUUUCUAA